AUGUCAUCUGUUGAAGAAUUGACAGAGCUAUUUAGCAAAGUAGGUUUUGAAGAACCUAAGAUCAAAGAGAUCGUAAAGAAUAAGAAGGUGUCUACAUCCUUGGAGACCUUGCUCGAAGAUGCCCCUGCAGGCUAUGAAUGGAACAAGUCUACUAGAAACUUUCUACAUAGUCUGGCCUCUCUUGUUAAAGGUGCAGAGAUCUCUAACAUCGGUUUAGUGGUUAAAGGUAUUGCUUCUGAAGAUCUCAAGACUGCUCUACAAGUCAAUGCUGCAUUCAAAUACAUUAAGGAACAUGGUGCUGAUGCAACCACCGAAUCAAUGAAUGAAAACUCUGGUGUUGGUAUUGAAGUCACCGACGUCGAAGUUCGCGCUUCGGUUGUGAAAUAUAUUGAAGAUAACAAAGAAACUAUACUACAUGAUCGUUAUAAGUUGGUCCCAGGUAUUUUUGCUAAUAUUAAGAACUUACCUGAAUUAAAAUGGGCCGACCCACGUUCUUUUAAGCCAAUCAUUGACGAAGAGAUAUUAAAGGUUCUAGGUCCAAAGGAUGAAAGAGAUCUAGUGAAGAAGAAGACUAAGAAACAAACUGAUAACAAGAAGGGUAAAGGUACUACCGCCUCUGCUACUGGCAUUACCUCAGAUGAACCAAAGAGAACUAUGUUUACCGAAGGUUUCUUGGGUGACCUACAUAAAGUAGGUGAAAAUCCUCAAGCUUUCCCAGAACUUAUGGUCGAACAUUUGAAGGCUACUGGAGGUAAAGUACGUACUAGAUUCCCACCUGAACCAAAUGGUUACUUACAUAUUGGUCAUUCCAAGGCUAUCAUGGUCAACUUCGGUUACGCCAAACACUGGGAUGGUGUCUGUUACUUGAGAUUCGACGAUACUAACCCUGAAGCCGAGGCUCCUGAAUACUUCGAAUCUAUUAAGAGAAUGGUAUCCUGGUUAGGUUUUGCUCCAUGGAAGAUUACUUACUCCAGUAAUUACUUUGACGAAUUGUACAAUCUUGCCGAAGUAUUAAUCAAUAACGACAGAGGUUAUGUCUGUCAUUGUACUGCCCAAGAAGUGAAGAAAUGUCGUGGUAUCAAAGAAGACGGUACUCCAGGUGGUGAAAGAUCCGCUUGUACGCACCGUAGUAACAGUAUUGAACAAAACUUGAAAGAAUUUAGAAAGAUGAAAGAAGGUCAUUAUCAACCAGGGGAAGCUACUCUAAGAAUGAAGAUGAACAUAGAGUCUCCAAACCCACAAAUGUGGGAUUUAGUUGCUUACAGAGUCUUGAAUGCUCCACAUCCAAGAACUGGUACCAAGUGGAAAAUCUACCCAACUUAUGAUUUUACUCACUGUUUGGUCGAUUCCUUUGAAAAUAUCACUCAUUCCUUAUGUACCACCGAAUUUUAUUUAUCGAGACAAAGUUACGAAUGGUUAUGUGACCAAGUUCAUGUAUUUAGACCUGCUCAAAGAGAAUAUGGUCGUUUGAAUAUCACUGGUACAAUUCUAUCGAAGAGAAAGAUCGCCAAAUUGGUCGAAGAAAAGUUUGUUAGAGGUUGGGAUGAUCCAAGAUUAUUCACUUUGGAAGGUAUUCGUAGACGUGGUGUUCCACCUGGCGCCAUUUUGAAUUUCAUUAACACUCUAGGUGUUACCACUAGUACGACUAACAUUCAAGUUGCUAGAUUUGAAAAUGCUGUUAGAAAGUAUCUAGAAGACACAACCCCAAGAUUAAUGUUUGUCUUGGAUCCAAUUGAGGUUAUUGUUGAAAAUGUUGCCGAUGACUUUGAAGAAGUUGUCUCUAUUCCUUACAGAGCUGGUACUCCAAAGUUUGGUGAUAGAUCUGUUCCAUUCACCAAGAAAUUCUACAUUGAAAGAUCUGAUUUCUCUGAGGAUGCUUCCGAUGCUGAAUUCUUCAGAUUGACUCCAAAGCAAGACGUUGGUCUAGUCAGAGUCCCACAUACUGUAUCCUUCAUCAGAUUAGAAAAGGAUAAUUCUGGCAAGAUAACAAAACUGUAUGUCAAUUACAACAAUGCCCCAUUAAAGGAAGGUGAAAAGUCCAAGAAGCCAAAGACCUAUAUUCAAUGGGUUCCAAUCUCUUCAAAAUUCAACUCGCCAGUUAGAAUUGAUGAAACCCGAGUUUAUAACCAAUUGUUCCAUUCCGAAAACCCAUCUGCACAUGAAGGCGGUUUCUUGAAGGACAUUAACCCAGAUAGUGAAGUGGUUUACAAGCAUGCUGUCAUUGAACACAACUACCACGAAGUCAUCAAGUCUGCUCCAUGGGUUGUUGACUCCAUUAAAGAAUCUGAAUUCUACGUCGAAGAAGACAAGACAACCAAGGAAACCUUUAGAUUCCAAGGUAUGAGAGUUGGUUACUUCACAAUGGAUAAGGAAAGUACCGAUGACAAGAUUAUCUUGAACAGAAUUGUCAGUUUAAAGGAUAGUACCUCCAAAUAA